AUGAGCUCUUUUGCUGUGCCUCAUGCUUCAUCUUCAACCCGCAGACUAUCAAAAAGAAAGAGACAAAUAGAAGAAGACGAAAGCAUCUCUGAUGGUCCUGAUGAUCAGCCCACUUCUCGUGACGCUUCAGAUGAAGACAACACAGAGACUUUACUGCCUCCACCUCCUACAUUCUCCAGUUCACACAGCUUGCCCAAAGAUGAAUUAAUACCUAUGGCAAAGAGACAGCGCCAUUUGGGUCCUUUUGUUUCAUCUACAAGCGAAGAAGAAUCUGACGCCAACGCCAUUGUUGCUUUACCGGAAGGGAUCGAGGAACAGUAUGGCUUCAAAAUCAAUCCUCCCCCUAUUGGCAGACCUGUCCGAAUUUAUUGCGAUGGCAUCUAUGAUUUGUUUCAUUUUGGUCAUGCUAAAGCCCUGGAGCAAGCUAAAAAGGCAUUUCCCAAUGUCUACUUAUUGGUUGGAGUGUGUAGUGAUGUAGAAACUCAUAAACGCAAAGGCAAAACAGUCAUGACAGAUAUAGAGAGAUAUGAAGCAGUUCGACAUUGUAAAUGGGUGGAUGAGGUGAUUUCUGACGCUCCUUGGUUUGUCGACCAGGAAUUCCUGGAUAGCCAUCAGAUUGACUAUGUGGCUCAUGACGCGGAUCCAUACCAAAGUAAAGAAUCCGGCGAUGUAUACGCAUUUGUCAAGGAUCAAGGCCGUUUUUUUCCUACCGAACGUACAGACGGUAUAUCCACAUCAGAUCUUAUCACUCGCAUUGUCCGUGAUUACGACGCUUAUCUGCGCAGAAAUUUAGAAAGAGGCGUAACAGCUAAAGAGUUGAAUAUCUCCUUCCUCAAGGAAAGAAAGAUCAAGACCAAAAAGUCGAUUCAAGAUUUGAGAAAGACCAUCAAGACGGCCAUCAAUGAUACCAUGUUGUUGUGGGAAGACAAAAGCCAUGAGUUUAUUCGUGGCUUCAGUGGAGUUUUUGGAGCUGAAGAUGUGGUCGAUAAACUCUGGAAAUACCGUAACCGUAAUAGAUUGAUGUCUGACAGUGUGGAAAGUAGUCGUGCUAGUAGUAGAGUGCAGUCGGAGGAGGAAGAGGAGAUGGAGGAGGAUGAAGAACUUGACCCCAAGAAGAGUGAUUUGGCAGCAUCCGCUUCUGCUUCUGCAUCUGAUAAAUAA